AUGGACACAGUAGGCGUACGAGCAAUCAACACCGGCUGUCUGGAUCCCGGUUGCUCGGAACCCUGGUCUCACAACUUCAUCAUACGGUACAUGCCUCCAGGAGCCGCGCUCGAGAAAUUCAACCUCGAAAUGCUCGAAGUGUGGAAAGAAACUGCGAGUCCGGCGCCUCUUACUUGUCCCUCGCCUACGUGUACUGCUGUCGGUCUACCAGAUACGACGGCGGCGGGGUACCCGCAGGUUACUUGUAACGAGUGUGCGUUCCGGUCUUGCGCUCAGUGUCUUGUGCCUUGGCAUAAAGACGUUACAUGUGCCGAAUACGCGGCGAAACAUGUUGAUGCGAAGAUGAGUGAGGCGGAGAGGGACACGCUCAAGUACAUGCAGGACAAGGAUGGGAAGAGGUGUCCGAAUUGUCAGUUGGUUAUUGAGAAGGAUGGGGGAUGUGAUAGCAUGUUCUGUGUAGGCUGUCACAAGUACUUCAACUGGGCUAGUGCCGCCUCAGCCUUGGCCGGCGCUAAAAAAGCCGAAGCUCCUUACAUUCGUGAUAUGCCGUACUGGCAAAAUGUCGGUACUGUUGCCUGCGAGAUGGACGGUAUCCUUGGACUGGGCGAUACCACUGAUGGUAUUGCGGUGGCGACAUAG